GGUAGGGUUUUAUCAUUUUCUAACUCAGUCGCCGUCCCUUAUUGCCUCUUUUUUUUUUUCCUCUGUUAUAUUUGUUUCUUCCUCCUUGCUGCUGUGUUUUUUCCGGAGCUGUUCGCUCGACGCACCUUCGAUUUUUCUUUUUCUGUAAAACAAACUGUGCUUCCAGUGUUUUAUUUAGAUAUCAAAACUGUGCUUCUGGUUGUUGGGUGGAAAUUGUGGUUGCUUAAACCACAGACACAAUGAGAUUGGAGAAAUGUUGGUUCUGCUCGUCUACUGUAUAUCCUGGACAUGGCAUCCAGUUUGUUCGUAAUGAUGCAAAGAUCUUUCGGUUUUGUAGGUCUAAAUGUCACAAGAACUUUAAAAUGAAGAGAAACCCACGCAAAGUAAAAUGGACGAAGGCCUAUAGGCGCUUACAUGGGAAGGACAUGACGCAAGAUUCAACCUUUGAGUUUGAGAGAAAGAGAAAUAGGCCCGAAAGAUAUGACAGGAAUCUUGCUGAGAAUACUCUAAAGGCUAUCAAGACAAUUGAUAAAGUUCGAUCUCGCAGGCAAAUCAAACACAUUGAAAAGAGGUGGAAGGGCAACAAAGCCAAGGAGCUGGAAGAGAAGAGAAAAGAGGUGGAGCAGGAUAUCCACAUGGUCAAAGCUCCUUCAGUGCUACAAGAGCAAUCUCAAACAUCCAAGAUCAAGGUCAAGGUAUCCUCACAGAUCGAGGAAACUCUCCCAAUGGAGGAGUAAUAUUGUUACUAGGUUAUGGACGAGCAAUUUUGUUACUAGCUUGUGUGGGCUGUAUUCCCGCCUUGGUCUCUUUCUUUUUCUCCGCUCCCUGUCUUUCCUUUUUUCUCCUCCAUCUUGUGCCUUCAUGGGAAGGCGUGGUGGAUAAUGGGGUUUUAGCACUUGUAGUUCAGAUCAUGGUUUACGUGAUCAAUCAUGUAAUAACAGUAUUAUAUUUUGUUUUCUGUUCUUCUAUGCCGAUAGAUUAUGGAGCCAAAUGAUAUAUUUUUAUGCCAUUGAUUUUUGUUGUGGAA